CAUGUAUCGUCUAGUUACUUAAAAUAAUGAAAAUAGCAGGCUUUAAAAUUAUGUAUGUUUUGCACUUGUUACUUGUUUCGCUGCUUGAUAGCUGAGAUGCUCUUAAGGCGUUUCAGAUGUCACUGAGCGCCUAAUUAUUUUCAAAAACCAAUGUUAAAUUUCAAAUGCGAGACCCAAAUCCAUUUAGAUGAGCUGCUGGCUAGCUGCUCUCUUGGCUCCGCCUCACUUAGUUAUCUUUCUCUGAUCAUGAGCAAACAAAUAGCGCUGAGUUAUAAAAUCUGCAAGGGGAUGAUAGCUUUGGCUGUAUGUUUUUUUUACCUGAAGCGGCCUCUUAACAAGUGUCAAUCUUGAUUUAUUCGGCAUAAAUGCAAUGCAAGCAUGGUAAAGGUAAGGUGAGAACAUGACCCACACCAUGUCAAUCGUAUGAUGGUCUAGAAAACGACACCACCCCAUUUUUUAUGCUGUUACAGGUUCAAAGCUGGACGAUUUGGCCGCUCAGCCAUUGCUUUGCUCGUGAUUAGUGUCUUGUUCUAUCUCGCUGCAAAAACUCUGUGAAAGUGGAAGAAGAAGUGAGCACUUUGGACAGCGACAUCACGGCUUGCUCAAGCGAAGAAUCAUAGUAGGAACGGUGCUGCUGCGGGUUGGCUGGAGAUUUAAUCAGAUAGUGGCUGGCAGAGUUUCAGCAAUUUGGCAGUCAAAAGAACAAGCCUGAUCGAGAUCUUCAAACAAUUUUUCAAUCGAUUCAGAGAAUAUGGCAAUUGAGAGCAACCAAUGUAUCCGUUCGUGCUGUUUAAAAUACAGGGACUAGGCGAGGCACGGGGAAAGCAAAUAUGAGUCACAUGAAAAAAAUAGAGAGGCUAGG